GAAGAGGCGAGCCUGUGCUGGCAGCAAUCUUCCAUUGAUGGACAGACAAAUAGCAGGUCUAUUUUCAGCUCUUUUCAUUCUUCUCUUUCCUGCUGCAGAUAAAUGCUGACAGCAAACCUUGUGAGUAAAAACACUAGAAGCAGCUUCAGAGAAUCCUGCUGCUACGUCAGAGUAAGCAGUAUAGUGGCAUUCAAUACAAGGCGCGCUGACAGGACCAGCGUCAGGCAGCCGUUCUCACUCUGCUCCCCAAGGACGGCACCUCUGGGAUGGGCUGCUCCUCUGGACGCCAGCCCCCGGCUUCGGUCCUUCACCCAGACCUGGACUUUGGCAACACCGGUGAGGCCAACACGUCACCCCAAGACUCCGACAACCAAACCCAGAGCCUGAACGGCUGCGGAGAAGGAGCCGACGGGGAGGACAGCCUCGGACGGGGGCAAGCCAGACCCCCGGAGUCGCUCCACACCCUGGAGAGGCUCACCCAGGCAACGGGCGGCACGGAAAAGUCCUGGUACCGCUGCGUCUUCCCGUUCGGCGUGAUAUCGCUCGUGAUAGGCAUGGCGGGCACCGGGGUGACAUUCACCUUCAACACACUGCCCCAGACUAAAGUGGUGUCGGUUGCACUGCUGUGCAGCGGCGUGUUGAUGCUGCUUGUGGCAGCCGUCUGUUGGAGGGCCCACAGACUGAGGAGACGGAAAAAAAAGGAAAGUGGAUUCUUCACUGCUGAUCAAGGCACUUUGUGACAGAGCGGGGACUUCUGCUGGACUGUCACAGAGCUGCAGACGGGUUUCCACUCAGCACUCACUGAUGAAGACUUGAACAACGCUGGUAUUAUUUAGACGGGGGCGCUUUGACAGAUAGUAGCAAGUAUGAAGUCACUUUUCUUAUUAUUGAGGAGUAACAACUCAAGAAUUUCCUGAUGUGAGACCCCAGCAAAAUACAGUAUAAACACAGAUUUAGUUCUAGUUUGUAUACUCUUAAGCAGUCAGCUGCUGUACAGACGUCCCACCACAGUCAGGGUGAUUAAGAGUGAUGGGUGGUGCCUCGGUGCAACUAUCAUUUUUUUUGACUGGAACCAUUUCCACGUCAACAAAUCUGUCUUUCAGGACGGUGAUCGCAAGAGCAUGCAGCAACAGGUGUGGGAGGCACUGUGCUGCCGUAUUUGAUUUUGGCUUCUCCUUAAAAAGACUUAAACAAUUGUGUUGACAUUUUUGCGUAACUGCCCCAUGCCGAGUUAAGAACAGAGACAGGAAGGUAUUACUGGGUUCUUCUCUCCCGCUGCCCACUUUGGGUUUGAGGAAUGCUUUCAUCAAAGGCGCCUCGGUAGUAGCAGUUUAUUAAGUCAUCAUUUUCUCCCUGAAGCUUUACGUGAGACGGAACAAUAACCUUUGAACCUUUGUACUGCCAAGAGUAGAAACAUCCACCGGUCAAAUCUAGUGUUUGUGCUCCGGUUUGACAGUGUGAAUAUGCAGCUGGUUAAGGAAGAAAAAGCAGCAUCGUUUUUUUCUUUCACUACAAAUGGAGCUGAAUAGUAACAAGAGCUCAUAAUGGCAACAUUACUUCACUGCUAAAUGAGUUUCCUUUCACUACAGCGCAGUGAGUUUUCCUCCAUGGGCUACUUAGAGUGCAGUGGUUCAUUAGGAGAAAGCAAACAGUCGGGGGCGGGGGGGUUGUGUUGUGUUUUUUUUCACAUUUACAGAUGUCAUAAAAUUUGGCUAAACAAUAUGCAAUACGCAGCGCAUUUACUUUUUCUGGAGGAUUAUUCAAAUUUCUGUCUACAGUGUAGUUUCAUCCGUCCAUUGUCUCUAGCCGCUUGUUCUAGCCGCUGGUGCCUACCUCCAGCGGUCAGUGGAUAAGAGGCACGGUACACCCUGGACAGGUCACCUGUCCAUCACAGAUCAAUCAAACAAGCAUUGCCUUUAUCUCUCAUCAUCCAUCUUAACUCUCAAGUAAUAGGCUUUUGUCACUACUGGAACUUUUAAUCUAGUCACUAAUGAUGUAUACAGUCUAUAUGGCAUGGAAAUCCCACUACAGAUUACUGAGUUCAAACUGAUCAACAGAAUGUGGAUUUCUCCCUGAAUGUGUUUAUCUAAUGAGGGAACUUAAAGAAGUUUUCUCUUCAAGUCUCACUUUUUUAAAAAGUUCUCAUUCUGGUUGCGGUUCAUUCUCUUCAUAUGUUUUUAGCAAGGUUAAACCCGUCAUUGGUCAUUAUCUUAAGUUUGCUUAUUAAAUAGGAGCUUGUUCCUAAAAUGGACUACUUUUUUUUUUUUUCAUUUAAGUCUCAUUCACAAAACAAUUUUGUCUUUUAGUGGCAAACUUCCCUCUAGUAGUUUGCAAUUCAAAAACAAGGAGCACACUCUAGAAGCUGUACACAAUGCAGUUAGUAAGUAAGUGAAAUCUAUUAUGAACUAAAUAGCUAAUAAAUAAACCAUCAGUAUAAUGGAAGACGCUAGUCAAAGUUAAAGUCUCUCAAAUGAUGCUCCGCACUGAGGCAUUCCUGGUGUGUUUUCGCCUUAAAUUCUUGAAUCGGUGUGUCACAUCCUGGAAAAAAAAAACAACGACAAACCUUUUCAUAAGUCAACCUGUACAUCACAACCUAAUACUUACAGUGUGCUUAGCAUCUCUCCAAACUUAAACAUGAAUUUAAAUCCUAGCAGUUAAAGCUAUGUGGGCCACAUGAUGCAUAAAUGACAAUGGUAAAGCUAAUGAGCUUCUAGCUAAUUUAGCUAAUGUGAAUCGAUUUACUAAAUUGUUCCACAAGCACCUACCUUACUUACCUGUAAUAAUAAUACACCUAAGUAUGUCGUACAAGAAUCUGAUCUGUGGAGAAAAGAGUGAUACACCUGCUCUGUUCUUGUCGAGCUAAUAUGUAGCAUUCAAGCUAGCUAUGGUAGCAUACGGUCACUACCAGCAGUAACGGGGAUUUGAGAUAGACCCAGCAGUAUCACAUGAGCUCCAGAGUUUUUAUUUUAUGGAUGUCGUUGGAUAAAUAUUGUCUCUCUGAUCUCAUCUUUUGCAUGAAAUAUUAGCACUUGUGGAGAAGCAGCUAGUUCUGUGUGUUAUUAGCAGUUUCUUUGAAUUUUUUUAUGGUUCUUUGCAAAUCUGUGUGGUAUAAAAGGAAUUGAUUUGAUGACAGUAGUUCUCUUUGGAGACUGGGUGUUCCUACAAAUUACAUAUCAUGGAUCUAUUGUACUACUUAUUAUCCAUAAGAGUGUAGCCACAUUUAUGAAUGUCUCUUUAACAGUGUCUUAUUACCAUUCUUGUAUUAAGAGUAAAAGCCCUGUGUAUUUUUAAGUGGAAAUAUAUUUUGUAAUGUAGUAGAGAAUAUAUUUGAGGCCUUUCACUGCUAUCCUUAUAUUUCUAUUUAGGAUGUCUGGUUGUAAUGACUGUAAAUUUGUUCAUCUGAAUGUUAAAUACACGUUUCAUUCCAAAAACGAGAAUCUGCCAUUCCACUCAACUGCUGCAUAUAAAUAUGAAGACUUUCAUUUGCAUGGAGGACAUAAUUACCUGUAUUUAUUUACUUCAGAGACCAUGAACUUUGGAACAUUUCAGUUUUGGAGUGAAACGCAUCAACUGGUUGUUGUUAGCUUGCUUUGAGUCUAGCAGCAUGGUCAAGCUUAUCUCUCAGUGCCUUUUUUCUCGCUAUUUAAAAGGUUCUACGUGAAGUGCAGUUAUUUGUGAGCUGUGGAGGCCGACCGGCGCCGGUGUUAGCGUAGCCCAACAGAGAGGCAGGAAUACUGCGGUGUAUCCAGUGAAAGUCAGGUUCGAGUCUGUGGAAGUGAACUGGUGUGCAUGAAGUUACUGUUGGAUGUGGUUUCUUUGGUCUAACUGCCUGAAAUGCCAAAAAAUUUUAAUCAAAAAGUUUAUUUUUGCGUCUCUCAAAUGUCUGUAAAAUUGUAAAUUUUUUCUUGUUCACUGUUGUUCAAAGCAUAUAAUUAAAACCAAGGUUAGUUUU